AUGGCACCCAUCAAAGUCGGCGUAGUUGGUUACGGCAACUCGGCUAAAAGUUUCCAUCUACCAUUCAUCACUGCGAUACCGGACUUUGAACUCAUAGCUAUUCUUCAAAGAGCCGAAGCCCCAUCAGACCCUUCGUCCGCCACCAAGGGCUCACACUGCACCGUUGACUUUCCUCAUGUCAAGCACUACCGCGAGGCUGACGAGUUCUUUACCAACUCUGAGAUCCAGUUCGUCGUGGUUGUCACUCAUCAUGAUACACAUGCGAGAUUUGCUGAACAAGCGCUCCUCGCAGGCAAACAUGUCAUCGUCGAUAAGCCGUUUGCCAUGACUUCCGAAGAGGCGGACAAAGUGAUCAAGAUAUCGGAAGAGAAGCGUCUCAUACUCACUUGUUUCCAGAAUCGACGAUGGGAUGCCGACUUCAAAACUCUUAGUCACCUGAUAGAAAAUGGCGCACUUGGCGAUAUCAAAGAAGCCGAGCUCCACUAUGACUUUGAGUCGCCAUCUUGGUUGUCUAAAAUGGGGACAAAGUUUACUCCAGGAUCAGGCAUGUCUUAUGGUCUUGGUACACACAGUCUCGACCAAGCUCUUGUUCUCUUUGGACGACCCAAGACUGUAACAGGCUUUUUCCGUGUCCAACGUGAUGGCGAAAGUGAGGUUGAGGACUCUUUCACGAUUAUUCUCCAAUACGACGGCGCGCAGAAGGAUCUUCUCGUCACAGUCAAGACAUCGGUGGUCACACCUAUGGCGCAGCAGCUUAAACAGCUUGUACGAGGAACGAAAGGUUCUUUCAUCAAGUUUCAACAACGCAGCACCUGCAUAACAGAAGACAACAUCGCAGCAGGUCUCAAACCGCUCGAUGAAGGGUUCGGCAUUGAGUAUGAGAGCAUGCAGGGAACUCUGACCACAUAUGAAGAAUUCGACAGUAAAGUGCAGAAAUGGGAUCCGGAGACAAAGAAGUACACGGGUAGAUACCCUACUCUUCCAAGUCGGUGGAUUGGAAUCUACGAGAACGUUGCGGAUGCGAUCAAUGGCAAGGCCGAAUUGGUUGUCAAGCCUACUCAAUCGAGGGAUGUCUUGAGAGUCAUUGAGCUGGCCAGGGAAUCACAUGAGAAGGGUGCCACUAUUGUUUGGUCUUGA